AUGGCGGAGGAAACUUACCUGUCAACGCCCGAACUUUCGCCUCUUGAGCAAGAGGUGCUCGAUGAAUAUGAACGACUGGCAAGCAACAUGAAGCAGCUCGCCGUGCUCCUCGACAGGCUCGCGUCGAACCCGACCACGGACAUACUCGACGGCCUGCGCGACCUCGAGCGCAAGACGAGCAUGGCGUUCACGCUGCUCAAGGCGAGCGUCUACAGCAUCGUGCUGCAGCAGGAGAUUGACUGGGGCGAGGGGGCUGGUGCCGGUGCUGGGCAGCAGGGACGCGGUGGAGGGGGGGCCGCGGCGUCGACCUCGAGCGCCGUGGGCAGCGACUAUGAGCAAUAA